AUUUGAGGGCAGUUUUCAAUCACAGAUCAAAGCCUCGACUUCAACUAAGCAUCUGCAGACAUUUGCAUCGGAAUCUCCUGACCAUUUUCCUACUCCAUCAUUACAUAGACACAUCUCGCUUCAGCCAGCUGCCCAUCAUGUCUACACAAUAUUCUGGUUUCGUCCCCGAGUGGCUGGAGAACAACAAAGUCUUCGCCAGGGACAAGUUCCCUAACCUGCCGGCACCAUGGCACAUGACCGACCGACGUCAAGCACUCACAGAGAGCGGCAUGAUGACUCUCGUGUUGACUUGCCUUGACCCGCGCUGUGUGCCCGAGACCUUCUUUGGGCCCGACUAUGUAGGAGCCACCUUCCGCAACGCUGGAGGCCGGGCUACGGACGACGCUAUCCGCAGCUUGACCUUGCUGAAGGCUCUCGGCGGGCUGAAGACCAUUGCCGUCGUCCACCACAACGAUUGCGGCGUCAUGCACGUAACCUCAGAGGAUAUCGUCAGCAAGGUGGCGCAGGAUGGUGCUGUGGCCAAGGCAGACGCUGAGAAGACCGACUAUAAGCUGUUCACCACCGACCAGCUCGAGGAGUCGGUCCGGGAGGACGUUCGUACCUUGAGAAAUGUCCCGACCUUGGCUGGCAUCAAUGUCUACG